UAUCCUCUCAGCCGAAGAUCCCCUUUCCUCUCUCUCUCUCUCUCUCUCUCAGUCGAGUUCUGCAGAGAUAGCCACAAAAGGGGACAAUCCGUCUCCGGAGAUAUCCACACCAGCGACUGCCGGAGAUCCGUCGCAGCCUUCACCGUGCAGCACCGCAACAGCCGUGGGGAAGUCCGACCUCGACUCGAUCGCAAAUUAACAGUAACCGACGGCUGUCGGACAAUCCGUCGCCCAGAUCUGCACCACUGCUGACCAGAUUUACACCACGCCGGCCCGUUUCCCCCUAACUACAAGGGAGAGAAAGAGAAAGACCUGGGGAGGAGACGAUGAUCGUUGAGCUAAAGGUUGAACUGCCGUCCUAACUGAUCUCUCGAGCCAGUACGGUCCAGCGACGAACCGGACUUAUCGUUGUGACUGUGUUGAAUUGGCUAGGGUUCGAAAUCGAAUUAUGAGUAGAAUUUUUCUGAUCAGACACGUCUCCUCGUUUUUAGCUCAACGAUCAUCGUCUCCUCCCCAGGUGAUUAAGAUUAAUAACGAGGUCAGGAUGGGUCUCAAACAAGCAAUAAAAAACCUUGACGCAUUCCCGCGUGCAGAGGAGCACUUGUUGCAGAAAACACAAUCUGGGGCAGUUGUCUCCAUUGUGGGUCUGGUCAUAAUCGCCUCUUUGUUCCUCCAUGAGCUGAGAUAUUAUAUUACCACAUAUACUGUUCACCAGAUGGCUGUUGACUUGAAACGUGGAGAAACUCUUCCAAUCCACAUAAAUAUGACUUUCCCAUCUUUACCUUGUGAUGUUUUAAGUGUGGAUGCUAUUGACAUGUCUGGCAAGCAUGAGGUCGAUCUUGAUACAAAUAUAUGGAAACUUCGUUUGAGUAGUGAUGGCCAUAUCAUUGGCACUGAAUAUUUGUCAGAUCUUGUGGAAAAGGAACAUACUGAUACUGCUCAUAAGCAUGAUGGCGAUAAAGAUAAUCAUGAGGAUUCAGAUCAGAAAAAUCACCUACAUGGCUUUGAUCAAGAUGCUGAAACAAUGAUUAAGAAGGUCAAGCAAGCAUUGGGUAAUAGAGAAGGAUGUCGGGUUUAUGGGGUCUUGGAUGUCCAAAGAGUUGCUGGGAACUUCCAUAUCUCAGUUCAUGGGUUGAACAUUUUUGUUGCACAAAUGGUCAGUUUUUUUUUUUUUACUGUUUUUUUAAAGGUUAUUUUCUUGUGGGAUGAAUCAUUGUUGUUUAAAAUAACAGCAAAUUGGUCUUCUAUCUUCAUAAAAGGUACUCAGCCUGAACUUAAGUUUUCGUCCAACAGGAUUCUGCGUGGUUCAAGUGGAACGUUCAAAUAUUACAUAAAGAUUGUUCCAACUGAAUACAGAUACUUAUCAAAAGAAGUUUUACCAACUAAUCAAUUCUCAGUCACGGAAUAUUAUUCUCCUAUGAAGGAGUAUGAUAGGACUUGGCCAGCUGUUUACUUUCUGUAUGAUCUGUCACCAAUUACUGUGACCAUCAGAGAGGAACGUCGCAGUUUUCUCCACUUCAUCACUCGGCUUUGUGCAGUAUUGGGCGGUACAUUUGCCUUAACAGGAAUGUUAGAUCGAUGGAUGUGUAGAAUUCUUGAUGCAGUAAUGAAGCCAAAUGCUAGAAGUAUGUGGCGGUAAACAUGGGGAUUGCGUCUAUUAAAGCAAAGAUUAUAUAACCACUAAUUGAUAGCGUGGUGGGAGUCUGAAAUUAUGCUGCUGAGGGAGAUUAUAUAUAGAGCAUUAUAUUGGUUGUUUAAUUUUUCUUUCUUGUUUACCCUCGUCCAACUGAUGAUUCAAGCCACAUUGUCAUCUUAACACUGUUACCCAUUUUAUAAAUGUGUCUCCAUGCAUGUUGUGGUUUUUCUGGGAAGAAUGUAUAAGAGGAUGUACUUGAUUGCUUCCCAAAAUACAUGGGGUCACAUCUUAAUGAUAAUUGGCUAAGGAUAUACUCUUGGGUAAAUGAGGGUACACAUGGCAUGAGAUGAUUGGAUAAUUUUUUUGUAGCUUUGUUUUAUUUUAUUUAUUUUUGGGGAUGAGUGGAUGAUUUGUUUA